AUGUUGUGCAAGAGGCUGUGCGUUAUACAACAGAACUUUCCUGCCACGCCUGCUCCUCACCGGUGCGCCUUGCGACUUCUAGGUCAAAGUCUCAAGAUCAGCUGUAAAACAAAACUCGAUUCUCCGCACCUUCCGCUGAGAUCCUUCCAUUCCCUCGUGAGUUUUGUCAUGAGGCCAUAUACGCUCGUUACCUACAUUGCUGUGGCGGUUGCGCAGCAAGAUCCUAUCCAGGACUUCUGCCGACGUCACCAGCAUCAGACGUGUGUAAUAGACAACAGACUCUACAUUGAUGGCGGUAAGGUGUUUUAUGGCGGGUCUGUUGAGAAUGGUAGCAUUGCGCAACAAAACAUGCACUUAUUAUGGGAGGACACUCUAGCCACGGACAACGAGACCGAAUUUCCUCCGCAGUACAAAAACUUGACAAAGACAUCAGAAGUUCCUUCUGUAAGCGGCGGUGUACUGUGGCCUGACACUACUAAUAAGAUGUUUUAUCUCUUUGGAGGGGAAUAUAACGAUGUCGCCAGCGUCCAGCCCUUUGAGAACUUGUGGUUCUUUGACACUAUCUACAAUACCUGGAAUCGUACGAGCCCCUCUCCCAGUCAGUCUGGCAUCGUGUGGCCAGCAUUCGGAUCAGGCGUAGUGACGGAAGGAGGUACCGCAUAUUACUACGGAGGCUAUCUGAGUAACAAGUCCACUCCGCAGUGGAGCAGCAGCAAUCCUUUGAUGCUAUCUUCGCUGAUAUCGUUCGAUAUGGACACUCAGAUUUGGUCUAACCACACAUAUGACAACACUCCCAGGGCCGAAGGGACACUUCAGUACCUUCCAGCAUCGGCUUCGGGUAUGCUGGUGUACUUUGGAGGCGUGGAGACGGAUCCUGACGGUCGAGUGCGAUAUAUAUAUCCAGAGACAAAUGAACUUCCUCAUACCGAGGCUGGGAAAGGCUGGUCGUCAUGCAACGUAGUUCGGGGCAGUUCACAAAUGAUCAUCAUCGGUGGCUACUAUGGUAAUGCUUCGUAUGUGCAAUGCGAUACGCCGGAUUACCGCGGGCAACACGGCCUCCUGCUUGGCCAGGAGAGCGUGGAGGUUGAACCACCAAAGACACAAUGGUGGUGGCGGCUCUGGCGCGACUACAACAAGUACCGGGUACCGGAUAAGAUUGUUUCGCUUGUUGGCGGCAAUACUGAAGGCCAUGCAACUAGAACGUCUCCGGUGCAAGGUUGGACAACACCCUCUCCUCUAGCGCCGUACUUUGUGUAUCAGAAUUGGGAGGGACCACGCACAGCAACCAGGCCCAUACCAGGGACGCCAACCCCGACUUCGAGUGAUCAGCCAGGUCAAACGCCUUCCAGAGGUCCCAAUUUCGGUGCUAUAGCGGGUGGAAUUGUUGGAGGGUUGAUUGUCCUCAUCGCAUCCAUCUCCGCCAUACUUCUAUGUCUUCGUCGCAGGCGUCGCAAAGAAGCGCCCCACUUCCAAGCGGAACUUGACACCAAUACCGCCAAAGCUGAGCUAGACGGUCUACAGGAUUCCCGCGCCAAUUACGCCAUCUUGGAGGGUGGGACCGUAGUUCCCUCUAUGACUUCAACCCCGGCAUACUCGCCUCAAAUUUCAACGCCACAUGGCACCAACUCCUGGAGCGAAUCGCCACGCUACUAUCAGGGGUCGCCGCUUCACCAGGGCGAAGAAUGGGUUCAGCACGGGCUUCCGCACCAGCAAUCGUAUUAUCCACGACCGCCUGACCCUUCACAGUCGCCUAAGCAUUCAUUUGCGUUCAGCACAGAACUACCGGAAGUCCGGAGCCCAGUCAACGCCGAAGUGUCGGAUGUGAGGAGCCCAACGAACGCCGAGCUACCAGAUUUGAAGAAUCCGCUCCCUCGUCGUGCAGAACGAGGGGCCCAAGCUGCUAGGUUCGAAGAAUAG